CAUUCCAGCGGAUUAAACCAAUGACGUCACUGCUGCGUUUGGACCACAUUACCCAUAAUGCCAAGCGAGCUUCCGGUGAAAAAUUAGAAAGUCCAAAGAUGGCGGACCUCCUGGGCUCGAUUAAUUUUAUGAUAUAUUCUGAUUCAUCAAUGUGCAGAACAAGCAGCCAGACUGAAGAAGAUCGAGGAGGAUGAGAAGAGAAAGAAAGCAGAGUUUAGGAAAAAGAUGGAGAAGACGGUGUCAGACUUCAUUCAGGACAGCAAUCUGCAGAAGAAGAGAUGUGAGCCCAUGGGCAAGCUCGAGAGAAGCAUCUUGCAUGAUGUGGCCGAGGUGGCUGGACUCGCGUCCUUUUCCUUCGGUGAAGAUAAAGAGAGCAGAUACGUCAUGCUGUUUAAAAAGUUUGCACCAUCGGAUGAGGAACUGGAGGCUUAUCGGAAAGCUGAGGAGAGACGACGACGAAAGGAACGGGCUGCACUGGAGACGGAAGAGGCCAGUCGCUCUCAGAAGAGGCCUGCGUCGCCUAAUUCAAACUACAGAGACAAAUACAGCCAUCUGAUUGGAACAUCUGCUGCUAAAGACGCCGCCCACACGCUUCAAGCCAACCAAUCGUAUGGCUGCGUCCCUGUGGCCAAUAAGAGAGGCGCUCGCUCCAUCGAGGAAGCCGUGGACGAGAUCAGAGCCAGAGGCGCUGGCAGCGGCAGCAGUGUGUGAAAGCAGCUGUUAUGAUUGAAUCCUAUAGCAAGGUUUUACAUGAACAGCAGGGUUAAUGAAGGCAGUGCAGACCUGCCGCGGUAUAACCGCACCGUGCACAAAUGCUUUCAUAUUAAGCAUUAGAUCUAUUCUAAAAACACAUGAAAAAAAGCAUGUGUUUUUAGAGUUAACCCGAAACAUGUGGUGUUGCAAAGUCCUUUGUAUGUUGGCAUGAUGAGCUUCUAACAGCUUCUAUUUAAAGCCAAGCCACGAUUAGUUUUCGUUCGCAUUUCCAUAUUUCAUAUUUAUUGCCUUGACAUAACUGUGGCAUACAUAUCUGACUCCAUCGUCAUGAAACCGUAUGUUACCGUUUAUGUGCUCUGUUUUAAAUGCAUUUGUUUGAGGACAAUUUUUCAGUGCUGCUUGUGCUUUUAUGUACAGGUGUGUAGUUUGUUUCUGAGUUCUAAUAAGCAUUAUGUAUAUCACCUUACCUACAUAUUUUGUCCGUUUACUC